AGACGGUCGGCGGGCGUGAGGGUGUCGCGCGGCCUAUCGGGGCUGCGAAACCUGAAUCAGGCCGAUGAUCCGUGUGCAGUCCACUCCCCAGCUUCAUGGCAAGCCCGUAUACAAGUCACAGGAGGAGCAGUAUGACGAGAUCCAGCUGCUGCGUCACCGGGCGGCCGACCUGCGCGACGACAAUCAGCUGCUGCGCGCCCAGCUGGCCAAGUGUCGCGCAGAGCUGGGCAGGCACUACCGCGACGCCGAGAGGCGGCUGGAGGAGGCGGCCGCCAAGUGUGAGCCCGCCGGCGGCGCCGCCAGCCUCUCCGGUCUGAAGCUGCGCGUGUUCCGGCUGGAGCAGGUGCUCCGCGAGAAGGAGGACGAGGUGCGCCGGCUGCGCGCCGACACCAGGACCUCGCGCCUGCAGGAGAUGCGGCUCCAGGUGCAGGUCUACUACCGAGAGCUGAUGCGGCUGCGUCGUCAGCUGACGGAGCGGCGAGACCACGGCCGGCUGGUGCGGCUCACCGGCCCGGGAUGA